AUGAUGAGUAACUUUUUGGCAUCGCAAAACAAGAUUAUACUCUCUCUAUCAAUAGUGUCGUUAAUCUUUUCGAAUUCAUAUUGGUUUUUUGCUUGUUUGAGUUCUUUGAAGUUGUACUUCUCUACAUAUCCAUUCCAUCUCCUGGGCCUUGCCUUCAACAAAAACUGCAUAUUUCUCAUUUGCAAUGGGCUGUUGGUGUUUGUUGCAAAAACCUCUGGCGGAUCGGUUAGUUCUUCCUCUGGUUCUGAUGUUAACGAGUUAUCGCAUAAAAAUAUUGCGGAUAGUUUGCAGCCAACUCUCGAGACAAAAGAACCCACCUUGUUGAUUAAGGACGUUAUGGACGUGGAUAGUACUGAUAAUGAAGAAAACGAAGAACUAAAGGAAGAAAAUGAAGCAGAAGCGUCAAAAGAAUUAGAAGAAGAAGAAAAAGAAAAAGUACUAGAUGAAUGCUCGUGUGUAGAUGAAAAGAAACUCACAAACUUGAUUAUGGAAGAUUUAGAAGGCGACGGCCCUGGUGACGGAGGAGGGGAAAACGAGUCCGAAAUCGGGUUGCUCUCUGAAGAAGAAGAAGAAGAAAGCAUGGAGCAGUUGAGUACGGAAGAGUUGAAUAAGAAGUUCGAAGAUUUCAUACUAAAGAUGAAGGAAGAUAUCAAGAUGGGAAGCUCGACACCAACUAAUUAUAUUGGUCAAGUACAUUAUAAUUAUGAUAUCAAUUUGGACGACAAGAAUUGGCCUAUCAUUAUAGUCAAUUAG